UACCACGAGUAGGCGCCAUCACGAUCCCGAUGGUGGGAAAUCCGUGUCGUGACAAUAAAAAUUCUACUUUUUGUAUUAAAAGUGUUAAAUAUAAUUAUUUUUUAAAUACCUAUAAACCUAUUAUUUCUAAAAAAAAAUGGGCCUCCCAAAUUUGGGGCCUAAGUACAACCCUACUUGUGAUAACAGUAGAGCCAGCCAUGUAGGAUAGAUCCAUGAAGAGCGACAGCAGCUAUUGAGAAAAUAUAGGAAAAGGUUUACAAAAGGCAGAAUGCGGAAACAAGAGUCUUAUAUUAGUAGUUGCUAAGAACAUUUUUUAGAAGGAAUUUGUUAUUAAUAACAUUAAUGUCCGUAUGUUAUUGUUCAUAGGAACCUCGUUAGUAGCAGUUGUCGUUUGUUUUCACAAGGAGAGCAGUUAAAACUGCUUGAGAUACUCUGUAUACAAUCUUGCAAUUCAGCACUAUCCAUUGCUCAAAAGUGUUAAAUACAGAUGAGGAUAGCAGUAGAAGGGUGUAUGCACGGAGACUUGGAUAAUGUCUAUGCCACCCUAUUGCAGUUGCAAGAAGUUGAGAAUAUAAAGAUUGAUCUCCUUUUAUGUUGCGGUGACUUUCAGGCUGUUAGGAAUGAGAAGGAUCUGGAAAGCUUAAAUGUGCCACUUAAAUACCGGAGCAUGAACUCUUUCUGGAAGUAUUACUCAGGAGAGAAAGUAGCACCAUUUCCAACUAUAUUUAUUGGAGGAAACCAUGAAGCAUCCAAUUACCUUUGGGAAUUGUACUAUGGAGGAUGGGCAGCACCUCAGAUAUACUUCCUCGGAUUUGCUGGAGUAAUCAAGUUUGGCAACAUUCGUAUUGGUGGCCUUUCCGGAAUUUAUAAAUCACAAGAUUACAAUCGGGGUAACAAUGACUGACCAGUCAGGUAACAAUGGCUGACCAGUGGUAACAAUGGCACUGAAACACGCGUUGGGUCAGGUAACAAUGGCUGACCGGUCAGGUACAAUGACUGACCAUACUU